UUAUGUACUCCGCCUAAAAAGAAAUAAAUAAUAAAGAAAGAAAGAAAAACAAGACCAUUUUUAUCCAACCCUGGUCGGAGGAGGAGUAAUCCACAAUCUCUGUUGUUGCUGCUGUUGUUGCUGUGGCGAUCGUUAGACACCACCUGGCGAUUUGUUCCGACUCGGCCAUGAACACGGAAUCAGUAGUGGAGUUUCUUGGAAACGUGCCCUUACUUCAGAAGCUGCCGAGUUCUUCUCUUAAGAAAAUCGCCCAAGUAGUUGUCUCGAAACGCUACGGGAAAGGGGAGUAUGUGAUUCGGGAAGAACAAGCUUGGGAUGGUUGCUAUUUCAUUUUCUCUGGAGAGGCUCAGGUUUCCGGACCAGACGAAGAUGAAAAUCGUUCCGAAUUUCUCUUGAAACAAUAUGAUUACUUCGGCCAUGGUAUUUCUGCGCAUGUUCAUUCAGCUGACAUAAUUGCUACCUCCGAGCUCACAUGUUUGGUGUUGCCGCGUGAUCAUUGCCGUUUGCUUCAGACCAACUCUAUCUGGCAGUCGGAUCAAGAAGUCGACAAAUGCUCUUUGGUCGAACGCAUUUUACAUCUUGACCCUUUAGAACUGAAUAUCUUCAGGGGUAUCACUCUACCUGAUGCUCCCAUCUUUGGCAAAGUUUUCGGUGGUCAAUUUAUGGGACAGGCACUUGCUGCGGCAUCAAAAACUGUUGAUUUUCGGAAGAUUGUCCACAGUUUUCAUUCUUAUUUUCUUCUUGUUGGAGAUAUCGAUAGUAUGAACCAACCUUUAAUUCCACUCCCACCCAGCAAGUAUGCGUUUUUCUUCUCGUUAAAUUCGCUUCUAAUUAUAUAUCAUUUCUUGGCAGUCCCCAUUAUAUAUCAAGUUCAUCGUAUACGUGAUGGGAACAACUUUGCCACCCGAAGAGUAGAUGCUAUACAGAAAGGGAAUAUCAUCUUCAUAUUGAUGGCUUCUUUUCAGAAAGAGCAACAAGGAUUUGAUCACCAAGAGUCAGCCAUGCCCUCUGCACCGGAUCCUGAUACGCUUCUAUCACUAGAGGAGUUGCGUGAACGUCGUAUAACUGACCCUCAACUACCUAGGAGUUACCGGAACAAAGUUGCAACUGCAAAUUUUAUUCCAUGGCCUAUAGAGAUUCGGUUUUGUGAGCCUAGUAAUUCUACAAACCAGACAAAGUCUCCACCGAGAUUAAGGUAUUGGUUUAGAGCAAAGGGAAAGCUUUCUGAUGACCAAACUUUGCAUCGAUGUGUUGUGGCAUUUGCUUCGGAUUUGAUAUUUGCAAGUAUCAGUUUGAACCCUCACCGAAGAAAGGGCCUGAGAUCUGCUGCACUUAGCCUUGACCAUGCGAUGUGGUUUCACCGACCUCUAAGAGCUGAUGACUGGUUACUUUUUGUGAUUGUUAGUCCAACUGCGCACAUGACCAGGGGUUUUGUCACUGGUGAAAUGUUCAACCGAAAAGGAGAGCUGGUUGUAUCGCUAACGCAAGAGGCCUUGUUAAGAGAGGCAAGACCUCCUAAACCCUCCGUGACGUCGAAGCUCUGAUUUGGCUCACUGUGUUAGUUUAAAGAUGUGGCGAAUAAAGAAAAGGAAAAGAUGUACUGAAGACAUUAGAAAAAACAUUUGGUAAUAAUAAGAUUGAUGCUACUUGUGUAUUGUUAUUAGACAAACCCCGUUUCUUUGGUAUGAUUCGGUUUUUAUGUCUUAUGAUGAUGACAUGUAUUCAUAUCUAUAAAUUUACUAUUGUGUGGUUAUGAGAAAAUGACAUUUUGGUCGA